AUGCUCAGAGCUAGCCAGAGGAUACGUACAGGCCACGCCGUUCGGUCUUUGGCCACGGUUGCGGGAGUCAGGGGACAAGCACCAUUGAGUCGAUUUGAACCAGACCACACCGUUGACUAUGUCGGUUUCUUGGAUAAACUAUCGCGUAUGCGAAACAUCCUUGACCGCCCUCUCACUUAUGCGGAAAAGGUUCUUCUUACACAUCUUGAUGAGGAACACGAUGACAAGAUUAUUCGAGGUUCAACACAAUUAAAGUUAAGGCCUAGGCGAGUUGCUUGUCAAGAUGCGACAGCCCAAAUGGCAAUCAUUCAGUUCAUGACAGCGGGACUUGACAAAACCGCAGUCCCUACCACUGUUCACUGCGAUCAUCUCAUCGUAGGACGAGAUGGUAGCGAGCAAGAUCUGGCUGGGGCACUUACUAGCCAUGGUGAGGUGUAUGAAUUCAUGUCAAGUGCUUGCCAGCGCUACAAUAUGGGCUUCUGGAAACCCAACGCAGGCAUUAUUCAUCAGAUUGUUCUUGAGAACUAUGCUUUUCCAGGCGGUAUGCUGGUUGGCACUGACUCUCAUACGCCAAAUGCUGGAGGUAUGGGCAUGAUUGCUGUUGGUGUUGGUGGUGCAGAUGCCGUCGAUGUCAUGUCUGGCCUUCCUUUCGAAAUCACAGCUCCUGAAAUUAUCGGUGUCAAGUUGACGGGCCAGUUGAGCGGUUGGGCUACUCCAAAAGACGUCAUCAAUGCAGUUGCAGGGAUCCUUGGAGUCAAAGGUGGCACUGGAAAGAUCAUCGAGUACUUUGGUCCUGGUGCAGAAACGAUAUCAGCAACAGGAAUGUCUUCAAUUACCAACAUGGGCGCCGAGACAGGAGCAACUACAUCCAUCUUCCCUUACUCAGAGGCCAUGUCUGCCUACUUACGCGCGACAAGCCGACCUGAGCUGGCACAGGCUCUAGAAGUGGCAAAGCAUGAGCUGCAGGCAGACGAGGGUGUCAAGUAUGAUCAUGUUAUCGAGAUCGACUUAUCUACGCUGGAGCCUCGCAUCAACGGCCCAUUCACUCCCGAUUUAUCAACACCGAUCUCAAAACUGAGCGAGGCCGUCCAGAAGAAUAAAUGGCCGGAAAGACUUUCUGCUGGACUCAUUGGAUCUUGCACGAAUUCGUCUUUUGAAGAUCUCUCCCGAGCUGCUAGCUUGGCACGACAAGCUCUAGAUGCAGGCUUAAAGCCUAAGAUGCCUCUGCUCCUGUCUCCUGGAAGCGAGCAGACUAAUCAGACACUGAAACGGGAGGGUGUUAGGGACGUCUUUGAGCGUUUGGGCAGUAAAAUCUUGUCUAAUGCCUGUGGGCCCUGUUGUGGUUCGUGGGAUAGAACCGACAUGACAAAGGGCACACCAAACUCAAUCUUGGCUUCAUACAACAGAAAUUUCACUGGACGUCUUGAUGGAAAUCCUGCUACCCACACAUUCCUCUCUUCGCCUGACAUGGUUAUAGCCAAGGUUUUCUCUAAUGAUCUUGGCUUCAACCCUGUGAAAGAUGCUCUUGUCACUGAGUCUGGGGAUGAAUUCCGCUUCCAACCUCCUAGUGGCAACGCACUUCCAUCAGGAGAAUACGAAAACACGGAUCAUGUCUACGAUGCGCCUUCAACAGACCCACGAGUACGACAAGCCGUGACUGUUCAAAUAUCACCAGACUCCCAACGCUUGCAGAGGUUGGCGCCAUUCAAGCCUUGGUCUGGACAGGACUUCAUACAGUGUCCUAUCCUUAUAAAGACCAUGGGUAAAUGUACCACGGAUCACAUCACUACAGCAGGCCCAUGGAUGCGUUUCCGAGGUCAUCUCGAAAACAUUUCCAACAACACUCUUAUCGGCGCUGUAAACGCAGACAACCAAGAAGUCAAUAAGGUAUUGAACCAAGUCACUGGAUCAUACGGUGGUGUGCCAGACACAGCCAGAGAUUACCAACAGCGCGGACUUCCCUGGGUCGUUAUCGCAGAUCAUAACUACGGCGAGGGAUCCUCUCGUGAGCAUGCUGCUCUUCAGCCUCGAUACCUCGGCGGCGUGGCUAUAAUUGCUCGAUCAUUUGCCCGCAUUCACGAGGCUAAUUUGAAGAAGCAGGGUAUGCUGGCUUUGACUUUCGCCGAUCAUAGCGCAUACGAUAAGAUCAAGGCUUCUGAUCGUAUCAGCAUUAUUGGAUUGGCAGAAUUGGCACCUGGAAGGAACGUGCAGCUUAAGAUAUUUUCAAAGGAUGGUACGAUUUGGGAUACUGAGGCGAAGCACACCUUUACUCAUGAGCAAGUUGAGUUUUUCAAAGCUGGAAGUGCUUUGAAUGUUAUGGCUAGUCGACUCUCGGACAAGUCGUCUCCAUCAGUUUCUUUGUAA